AUGGGAAGGACUGGCAUAGGUGCUGUGGCUAGAAACGCAGAAGGAAAACUGAUGAAAGCAUGGGCAAGAGCUGAACAAAAAACAAGCGAGCCACAGGUGGAGGAAGCAGCAGCAAUUCAAAUGGGAAUGCAAAUGGCCCAAGAAGCUAACUGGAAGGCAGUAGAGUUCCAAUCUGACUGCAAGGCGGUGGUGGACAUGAUCAACAAGGAAAAUGAGCAGGACACCAGAGUAGAUACCAUCCUUGAGGACAUUGCAAAUAUGAGAUGUUUGUUUGAAAAAUGUACUUUCUCUUUCGUCCAUAGAGCUGGAAACAGUUGUGCACAUAGCUUAGCAAUUUGCGGUAAAGCUAACUAA